GUGGUGUUGUCAUACAGUACCCGGAUGCAUCUUAUAAAUGAAAGAGCAGGCCUUUAAGCCUUUCUUUUCUGAACGACCACCGCGAGGUUGCGUUUCCUGGCUCACCGCUGUUCGCGUUUCAAUUGUUUCCACGAAUAAGUCGGUCAGGAAUUACUAACCAUGGCCUUCAAAGACACUGGUAAGGCUCCAGUUGAGGCUGAGGUGGCAAUCCACCGUAUCCGCAUCACUCUGACAAGCCGCAAUGUGAAAUCUCUUGAAAAAGUGUGUGCUGAUUUGAUCCGAGGUGCCAAGGAGAAGAGUCUGAAGGUGAAGGGACCUGUGCGUAUGCCCACCAAGACCCUGCGCAUCACUACUCGCAAGACUCCAUGUGGUGAAGGUUCCAAGACCUGGGACAGAUUCCAGAUGCGGAUUCACAAGCGCCUCAUUGAUCUACACAGUCCAUCUGAGAUCGUCAAGCAGAUCACCAGCAUCAGCAUUGAGCCUGGUGUUGAGGUGGAAGUCACCAUUGCAGAUGCAUAAUUGCUGUCUUCCAACUUAAUCAGCUGUGUAUUUGCUAUCAGCUCAAUAAAAUUAAAAUUUUUGGA